AUUUCUACGUGCAAAAAAGGAUCAUUUUGGUUUAUCUGUUUUAAAAUCAAGUGUGACAAUCGAUGACUCAUCUACAAGAUUUCCUUGCUGACACCUGAAGAACAAAGUGCUUUUCAACCUGUACUUCUGUAGCACUAUGACUAACUGUAAAGGUAGAUCUGCCAUCUCCAAAACAAAUAGCAAAGUUCAUGACAGAGAAGGUUUUGUAAAGUGGACCAUAAAUUUUAAUACAAUUCAAUCUGAUAGAUUUUUGAGACUGCUUUUGAGUAUGGUUCCUGUUGUUUACCAAAUAAACCAGGAUGAAAGACAUAAAAAAGUGAAUGGUGUCUGGCAAGAUGGAUUGCAACCAGCAGGACACAAUUUUAAUGGUAGGUCUGAACAACAUGCAGAGUACCAUCACCUCUUGGAAUCAAGUUUUCAUGGCAGUAAUGGGCUCAGCCCAUCUGCCUGUAGCCCUAAAUAUGAUGAUUUUGCCAGUUAUAAUUACUGUGGUGGAAUGGACAGUUCAGAAACAGAUGCCAUGUUGCAGGAAGACAACCUCUCCAGUGACAGUAAUGAAGAUAUCAUUGUGGAAGGAAGUAGAAAACAACCCAAAGAGUCUAGUAGUAUUAUGGCAUUACAGAUACUUGUACCUUUUUUGCUAGCAGGAUUUGGAACUGUUUCUGCUGGCAUGGUUUUGGAUAUUGUACAGCAUUGGGAUGUGUUCAAGAAUGUUACUGAAGUUUUUAUCUUGGUUCCUGCACUUCUUGGUCUCAAAGGAAAUUUGGAAAUGACCUUGGCAUCCCGGCUGUCAACUGCUGUAAUAUGUUCUAAUAAUGUGGCUACCAGUUUCAUUGCUGCAAUCCUCAAAGGGAUUUGUUUUUUGUACAAUAUUACAAACUUUGUAUUGACAAG